CGCACGUCUCAUUGGUCCGCUGUGCUCCCUCCGGUCUGCAGUACCGAGCAGUGAUGGUGACGCUCACUCAUGUGUUGAGGUUUUACAGGACGGAGGUCAGGUGCCUCGCAUCUUGGACUCCUAAACCGGACCAGCACUGGCGGCGCCGUCUAGCCUUAACGUACGCCGUGAGCGUGUGGAGUAUGAUCGGUUUCGUGGCUUUCAUGCAGUGGCGGAAUAAGGAACCGAUGGGAAGCCCCAAACCAGAUUCAGAGAGUUUAAUGGAUAUAGAGGAGGAGCCAUCAGAGGGAAGAAAGCAGAAAUUUGUAUUUUCGUCCUCCAUUCAGUAUAAGGAAAAUAGCAUACCAUAUACUGAAAGAUUAUAUCAGUAUUUUACUUCAAGUAACAAAACAUCUGACAGUGGAUCUACAGAAAACUAAUGGACUGAGCAUUCCUGUGAAUAAAUACAUUUAUUUAAUAUAG